GUCGCUGCUUCCUGUUCUUCACCAUGGAGCCUGUCCACUGCAACUCUCUUGAUCCUCUUGCCUGUCUUCCUCCCCAUGUUCUCACCGACGUAUUGUGCAGGGUGCCCUUGCCCAAGCUCUGGCUACUCUCCUUAUCCGAGUCCUUUCUCGUCUCCCAGAUUGCCAGUCUUUAUUUCUACCAGAGCGUCCAUAUGACAAACUACAACCAUGACUACAACAAAUACAACCAUUUUUACGACAGCUUGAACAUUUCUGCCAGCAAGCUCAAGAAGACAAAAAUAAAAUCAGCCGUCCGUAAUAUCUAUAACGACAAUGCACACCGAUCAUGUAUCGACACCAUCAGAAUAAACUUGCUUGAUUUAUUGUCUAAACCUUUUUUUUACCCAAAAUUCCACCUCUUUAACCACAUCACUAUCAAUCUAAACAACGAAUUGUUGAGCCGUAUAGCUGAUUCAAUCACUUUAAACAACUUCCCACCCCAAUUCAACUUUCCUAAUGCCGCCCAUUUGCAAAUAAUCUUCAAAAAAUCUUCCAAAUUGCUUCUCAAAAAAAGCGCUAAUAACAACAUUAACCAGCAGUUUGACGCCUCAAUAAAUGUUCUCAUUAAUAAUUGCUUUCCCAACUCAAGCGCUCUCCUAUCAAAAUUCACUCUAAAUUCCCAGUUGUCCAAUUUCGAUAACCAAUUGCAAUCAAAUUUCAGAAAUCUAACCUAUCUCAAUUUAUCAAAUAAUUUGAUCAACGACUUGUCAGAUUUCCCCUUGACCAAUUUCCCAAAAUUGACAUCUCUAAAUCUAUCUAAAAAUCGUCUAAAGACAAUCAAUGGUCUAAACCAUUUGAAAAACUUGAAGUUUUUAAAUCUAUCAUCUGUUAAUUACUACAAUUUCAAUUCAAGAUGGUUGGAAUCACUAAUCAUAGACAACUUGUCUGAACUAUCUAAUUUGCAAUCCCUAGAUUUAUCAAAUAAUGGUAUAGCUGAAAUCAAAAAUCUAUCCAGCCUAUCCAAUCUACAAUACCUAAAUCUAAGUCAUAACGUAUUAAUCAAAAACAUAGACAAUCUAUCCGACUUGAAAAACCUACAAAUCUUGAAAUUAGUCAACACAAAUAUCUCCAAAAUUGAAAACCUAUCCAACUUGUCUAAUUUAAAAAUCCUAGAUCUUUCUUCGAAUUUAAUCUCAAAAUUGCAAAACCUAAACAACUUAAACAACUUAUCAAAUCUCAUUCUUAAAAACAACUACAUCUCAAUUAUCGAUUUGUCUCAAAUACUUAACUUGAAAAAACUAGAAAUCAUUGAUAUAUCGAAAAGUAAAAUAUCAAAUCUCGAGUUCACCCCCUUUGAUUAUUCAAAUCACUAUAAUACUUUAUUUCCAAAUUUAAAGGCCUUUUACAUCGAUUCAAUAGAUAACAACUCCUUGCCCAAAACAAUAAUUAAAGAAUUCAAGGUUAAUAAUUAUAAAUCCUCUUUAAAUUCUUCUCCAAUAAAAUUAUCUUACUAAUAUCUUCUUAAUAUCUUGUUAUUGAAAUCUUCUUUUGCUCUGUCAUUUAUUUCCUACAUUUCUCAUACUUUCUACAUUUUCUAUACAUUUACUUCAAUUCUUUAAUAUCAUACACAUAUACUUUAAUAUACUUUAAUAUACUUUAACAUCAU